AAGUCGCGAUUUCUGUAUUGUCCUGUCAAUUGCUAUUACUGCUGCAUUUGUGUGCAUUUGUGAUAAUCGACAGUUGUGUCAUUCACAGCUGUGUUGUUAACAACUUUUGUUUUUUUGUGAAGUUAUGGGAUCAAUUUUUGAAAAAUCAACAAUGUGCCGAAAAAAUAAAGUCAGUAGAAUGGUGGUGAAUUCAAACUCCUAGAAGGCACGAAAGAAAUCACAAGCUUUCAGGAGGCAAAUAUUUCCGACCGAAUCACAAAUAGGACACAAAUUCUAUAAUUCAUUAAAAGUUUUAUUUAUAUUUUGAUAAUAAUAGUAUUUUGGCCCAAACAACAAAUAUCAAGGAAAAAUAUUGCUCAAUUUCGUAUUGAAAAAUAAUUUCUCAAGAAAAAGUAAAUAAAUUCAUCUAUCGCCUGAUAAAAAAACUAAUUGAUUAACUUGGUGAGGAAAAAAUACAAUGGGUUCUGCGAGACCGCAGGACAAGUCUUUAGGUGGUGGAAUUUCCCUUCCUCAAUGGAUGAAAGGAAAAUUCGACAAUAAAUUCGAUUUCGAUGACAGUGCUUUUAGUCCACCUUCACAUGACGAUAAUUUCUUUUAUAUUCGAUACUCCAAGGAUCCGGUGACUGAAAAUGCCUCUGGAUUCACAAAUAUCUCUACUGUAAUCAGUGCAAAUCAAGAAACCAAUCAAGUGCCCUCUGUUAAGUCAAGUGCACCAAAUUUUAAAGACAUUAAAAAAAUCGAUUUUAGUAAACAUCCAAAAGCUUGCCAGGCAUUUAUUCCAAGUGAAUCUAACGAAGGACUAACGUAUAAACCUCCAAAAACUGUAUUGGCAAAUAAUAUCAAGCCAAAAUCAUUGGGUACGGAUGAUGGUUUUCAUGGAACACCAGCCCUCUGUGGCAAGUCAAUUGUCCAUGUAGCAAAUCAAAUAAUGUCCGGCAAAUUAAGUAAAACUAAUUCCAAUUCUGAUUUUCGUUCCGAACAUGCCGACAAUAAUUUUCCAAAAGGAAGUAAAUCCCUUCCUGCAACACCACUUGCAUCGCCCAUGUCAACACCUGACAGUUCGCCAAAAUCACGUAGACGAAUUCAUGGCAAUAGAUUCUUUACCGGUGCUUUUGUUCCCGAUCGUGAAAAAUAUCAGGGUAGUUGGAUAUUAGCUGGAAUUUUGGGACAACCACGUGAAAUUGUAACAUCAAAAAUUGAUGAAGAAGAAGAAAUUUCCCAUGAGAAUAUACCGGCAAGAGUUUUAAGUCGUAAGAAAUCAAUAUCAUCGCAAAAUUUAACAUACGUUGGUAAGGAUGAAAAAACGCCUGAAAAACAAACUGCAACAAGUGUUUUUCAAGCUAAACCAUCUGAACUUCGUGAAAUGAACUUUUGGUCUCCAACUUCCAUGUAAAAAAAUUAUUUUAUUAUUUUUAAAUUUCUUUCUUUUUUCACAUAGUGUGGCUCUUUUUAUUUCAUUUUCUAAAAGAUCUGAUGAUCCGACUAGUUUUUAAAAAAUUUAAAUAGAAUUUAAUUCUUUCACAAUUAUAAGACAAUUCAGUAUCGUCUGAAGCUUUUUAAUUUCGCUAUUCGCACAUAUUUUUUUUUUUUAUUAAUAUGGAUUUUUAGUUCUACUUUUAAAAAUUGUAGUGACAUUUUGAUUAUUUAAUAUCCUUAGAAGGCGAUUUUUAAAUAUUUCAUUAUCUCCCAUACAAUAGUUGAAAUUUUUAAGUAGAUAGUCAAUAAUUUAUACCCAGAAAAACCUUUGUAAAAACUCUUUGAAAAAAAAUAGAUACUAAUUAUUAUUUAUUGAUUAUAUAUUAAAAAAAAAAAAUUUAAGUGCACCUGUUUUAUGAUUGAGAGAUAAAAAACACAACGAAUUUAGUUAAUUUUGGUACAGGUCUACUAACUGAAAGUGAUUAAAAUUUAUUUAUUUUACUAUUUUUUAUCGAUUUUUGAUGAAUAUGCUUUUCUUUUUUAGUUUACUUACGUCAUGUCAACUUUCAAGAAUAGUGAAAUGUUGAUGACAGACGAUAAAAAAAAAAAAAAAAAAAAAAAUUGUACCUGGUUUUUUUUCGAUUAAUUCGAAUUAAGUUUAGAUUAAGUGGAAGAUACAUUGAGAAUAUUGUAAUUCAAAUUAUUAUUUUGCAUUGUGUGUGCAUUUUCAAAAUAACACAUUGUCUAUAAAAUUCAAUAUAUGAACUUAAUAAAAUUGUCUUGGUUAUUUUAAAUUGCA